AUGGAGGGUUCCUGGGAGAGAAAUGAAGAUUCACGUGAUAAAUGCUGUGUCAGAGCAGAGGGAGGAGCGGAGGAUGGGGGCGACUGCCCAGCUGAUGUCAGAUUUCCAAAUGAGCAGGGUGCCCCCAGCCGGUGCCCGGCCACUGCAGGGGCUCAGAGGUCCGGACCACCCGUUGCAGGGGGAGCCUGCCUGGCUGCAGCUCCCAGGGGAGAGGGCUCUGGGCCAGACUCAGGGUACCAGCUGUCGGGGCAGCGCCUGAGCUCAGGAACUGGGACCAGCCCUCCGAGGAGCCCUGACCUGCCCGCCCCGGGGCCUCUGCACCAGCAGCUUCUGUGCCAGACGCUUUCUGCUGCAACUCCCCGCCAGGUGGGGCACCCACCCCGGCACCAGGCUCCGGUGCCCCCCACGGACCCCGUGCCCCAGGCCGCCGCUGCCUGUGGCCUCAGGAUGAAAGGGGAGACGCCUGUGAACAGCACCAUGAGCAUCGGGCAGGCCCGCAAGAUGGUGGAGCAGCUCAAGAUCGAGGCCAGCCUCUGCCGGAUAAAGGUGUCCAAGGCGGCGGCGGACCUCAUGUCCUACUGCGAUGCCCACGCCUGCGAGGACCCGCUCAUCACCCCCGUGCCCACCUCCGAGAACCCCUUCCGGGAGAAGAAGUUCUUCUGUGCCCUCCUCUGA